GGUAAAUGGGCCCCGCCAUAACGCAUAAUCGCUGGGAAAACAUCUGGAAUUCUGUGAUCUUGUUCAGCGUAGACUGCGGCAGUUGAUAUCUCAGUUCUCCUAUUCUUAGGCGUGCAUUAUUAGCAGUUCACACACCAAUUUAAAGUGUUCUUGUGAGGACAGGUGGCUUGCGGCAGCAGCGAGCAAUGCCUGCCGCAAGCCACCAAGGUUUACUGCAUGCAGCGUUUAUAGUGAGCACGGAUUCCAGUCUGCAAGGAGAUGAUGACAAAGAGGACCGCAGCCUGUUGUAUGCAUUUCCCGAUGGCGUGUCCGCGGGCAAUGCUGGUGGCCACAUUAAUUCCUUCAAGUCGGUCAGCUUGGCCGUGCGAGGUGUCCUCGACAGCAUCUGUGGCGAAAAGUCCAAGCUGGUUCACCUGGAGCAGGAGGGCAGCCGGCUGCUGCUGGCCUCGGUGCACCUGGAGUCCGUGAUGCUGGUGGUUGUGUUCCGCAGCCUGGUGCCCCCCGCCGCCGCCACCCGCCUGGCUCUGGGGCUGGCGGAGAGCCUGGUGCUGCUGCUGGGGCCCUGCACGGCUUGGGGGCUGGGGGGCGGCAGGGAUGCGAGUAGCCCGGCGGCCCUGAGGCGGCAAGCUGAGACGCUGGCCACCCUGGACCGGGUGUUCGGCGGGCUACUGAGCCAGGUGGCGGGUCCGGGCUGGGGCACGUCACUGGCGCCCUGGACCAGCUUCGAGUCCUCCUGCCUGCACCUGCCUCUGCCGCCCCGGCUGCAGCAGCGGCUGGCCGCCCUGGCUGCCGACCACGCCGCACAGCACCGCAAGGCGCCCUUCAGCUUCUUCAGGAAGAACUCCUGCCUCAUGUACAGGGGCCUGCUGCUUGCCUCCGACCUGCACCCCCCUCACGCCCGACAGAUCUGGACGCUGCUGUGGGCUCUAGGGGUGCUGCAGCCGCGCCACAGCGGCGGCCUGCCCUGCCAGAUCCUCACCCGCAUCAUCCACCUGCCACUGCCGGCGGCGGGAACCACCACCACCAC